GUGUUUUAUAAAAGACAAGAUCUUGAGUUGAAUCAUCAGUGAGACGGAGAGGACUUUAGAAACUGGAAAAGUAAACUAAUACUCCUGCUGUGUGUGUCAGACUGAGUGAUCCAGAUUGCAUGACCUUCUUCUACACUCAGAGACUCAAUAACAAAAACAAAUUUUGAAGAUGAAAUCCUGCCUGGUGUCGGUCGCUCUUCUCUGCUUCACCACAUGGAUGAGCCUGGUCAAUGCAACACAUGGACCAAUGACAAACUGCUGUGAGCAGUGGUCCACCACCAAAAUCCCGUUACAUCGAGUUAAGAGUUACACCAUUCAAUCUGGCGGCGUCUGUCCAAUCAAAGCUAUCAUGAUUCGGACUCAGAGGGACAUAACACUUUGCUCCAACCCUGAUGACGGCUGGACUAAAAAAGCCAUGCGUAAGGUGGACGAGGAGACGAAAGCGCUGCUGCAGCAGUUGCAGAUUGAAGAAGAUGGAUCAGCUACUAUCAUCACACCAGCUGCAGUGAAGGCCUCACAGAAGACAGGCAGGAGAGGAAAGAGACCACAAGGAAAAAAGUCAAGGGGAGGAAAGAAGGGCCGGAGACAACGUGUUUGAGGAAUCAGAGAAUAAAUCAAAGCCACCACAGACAAAUAUUCCUGUCUUCAUUUGGACUCAUCCUGAUACAAUACAUUGAGCGUAAAGACACUUUAACGACUUAAACAGACUUUAUACAUUUUAAUAUUCAUGAUUAAAUAUACAGUAUAUUUUGAUAAAAAAUGACCCCAGCUAGUUGUCCUAAAUGUAUGUAUGUCAGUCUA